CGGCGCUGUCUCCCCGCACACUCAUCGCUCCUCAACGCUCGCGGACGGAAGAUUAGCGUCAAUCUCAUGUGGCCUAGUCGCGAAAAUCCACUUUACAAAUGUUUAUUCGAGUCCAGGAGACUAUAUCUAAUAUAUAUUUGAGUUAAUAACGCUCAUGGACAUGGAAGCGGUGAACGCUUUUAACGGGGAGAUGUUGUCCAUGAUGGACAUGACUCCCCCAAUCUCUCGAGCCAAAAUGAUGUCUGUAACCAAAGCAGGAAUCAAAGCUAUCAAGCUUUACAAGCACGUUGUUCAAAUCGUGGAGAAGUUCAUCAAGAGGUGUAAACCAGAUCUAAAGGUUGCUGGUCUGUAUGUGGUCGACUCAAUUAUCCGACAGUCCAGGAAUCAGUUCGGCACAGACAAGGAUGUGUUCGCUCCGAGGUUUUUGAAAAACUUCACAGUUACCUUUCAGAACCUUUUCCAGUGCCCAGCUGACGAUACGGGGAAGAUAUUGCGUGUGUUGAAUCUGUGGCAGAAGAAUGACGUGUUUAGCAUGGACAUCAUUCAGCCGCUGUUAGACAUGGCCACAGCCCCUGUACUACCUCUUGUGGAGAAUUUAAUACCAGCUGCUGCACUUCCAGCCGUGCCGAUGCCAGUGCCAGAGCCAGCCCUCGCUGCAGUCGCCCAGCUCCUCCAGGGCACAGGCGGCAUCGAGCAGCUGCUCCAAACUCUCCAGCAGGUCGGAGGGGCGGGGCUUCCUCAGUCCACUGCCCCGCCCCCUGAGCAGAAAACAUCUUUAGCUAAGUCUCUGCUGGAUCGUUUUGAUUAUGAUGAUGACCCCGAGCCUGUGGAGGAAAAGACUGAACCAGCUCCUGCUGCUCCCAUCACCAUAAACCUCCCCCCAGAUUUACAGCAAGCCCUGCAAGCUCAUCUUCUGAGUCAGAUGGUUAGCCAGACGCAGAUGCAGGGUCAAGUCCCAUCCCAGGGUCAGGUGGCACUGCAUGAGUUCCCAGUGAUCGUUCAGACCCAGAUAGCAGAUAACACUCCUCAAGUCUUUGAUGAUAGUAUAACCCAGCAGCUACAGCAGGCUUCAGCUGAGACCGAAUGCUCGGUGCAUGAUGGAAGAGAUCGAAGAGCCAGCAGACGGACGAGAUCAAGGUCUCCACGAAGACGUUCGUCAUCACGCUCACGAAGAUCGCGAUCCGGCUCACAUUCCCGCCAAGAGCGGUUGAGGCUUCACCGCACACGCUCCCGAUCCAGAGGGCGCCGAGGCCGUUCCCCACGGGCGCGAUCUGAGGAGAGGAUAGGCCGAGAGAAAGAGCGAGAGCGGCGACAGAAGGGACUUCCGCCUGUCCAGAAGGAAACUCUCAGUGUGUGCAGUACUACACUAUGGAUGGGACAGCUGGACAAAAAGACUCAUCAGCAGGACAUCAUGAGUCUGAUGGAGGAGUUUGGACAGAUCGAGUCCAUCAAUAUGAUUCCUCCCAGAGGUUGUGCUUACAUCGUCAUGGUGCACAGACAAGAUGCCAACACGGCCCUGAACAAACUCAGCAGAGGGGUUGUUAAAGUCAACCAGAAAAAUAUUAAGAUCGCAUGGGCGUUGAAUAAGGGCAUAAAGACAGACUUGAAGAAGUUUUGGGACGUGGAGCAGGGUGUCACGUAUAUCCCAUGGGAUAAAGUGAAACCCAAUGAUAUUCAAAGUCUUCAGGAUGGAGGCAUGCUUGAUGCCGAAACACUCAAACCAGAGUGGAAAAGUGUUGUGGCCAAUCCGGCUGUGCCAGUAACAGAAGGACCUGAAGGAAAACAGAAAGACGGAGCUGCAGCACCAGCAGUAUCACAGAGCCCUUCAGUUCAACCUGUUGCCACAUUGACUGUCGUCCCAGGACCCCCUCCUAACAUGAGUUUAGCACCUCCAGCCUCGAUCACAGGAGCCUUCCCUCCUCCUGGAUUCAACCCCUCGCAGAUGCCUGCAGGAUUCCCUUCUCUGAACCCCGCAGGUCGUCCUCCAUCCAUCACAGAAACCCCGAACAAAGAACCUUCAAAUGAAUCCUUCGAGAGUCACACGGACCACACAAGUGCUCAAGCGCUCAGUCCGCCUCCUCUCAGGGGGAUUCGGGGGCCCAGACCGGGACCCCUACCGCCACCCCCCCCUGUGGGGCUCCGCCCACCCUUCAUGCCCCCUUUCGCUAAUAACGGGCCCCGUCCCAUCCUGCCCCCUCCCAAUAUGGCCCCUCAAAUGAUGCCCCCUAGGGGCCCUAACUCCAUGUUCGGAGAACCCCCUGCAGGGCAAUUCCGGAUGCGCAUGAUGGGUCCUCCAGAACACGAUUUCCCCAGUCACAAGCUCCCGAUGGGUCCUAGAGGAGAGGAACCGCACUGGCGGGAUCAAGGACCCGAAAGGGCCCCGGACAGAUUUGGAAACGAACCACCUUUUCAUCGGGGUGGAUGGGGAAGGGGUGGCCCUCGAGUACGAAGUCGCUUUGGGAACUGAGUUUUUUUUAGGGAUUGGACUGCGGAAAACGGGCCUCUGCG